AGAAAAGAUUUCUUCCUGAUUUCUGACUCAAGUGGAUUUCUUAUACUCCCACACACAGAGGGAAACUAUGUGAACAGCAUAUAAGGGUGUAAUUUUUAUUCAGCAAAAGAACUACAGAAAAAAGUCAACUCAAGAAAAUAACCAAACUCAGAAAACUGCCACCACCACCGAAACAAUGACAACCAAAACUUCUUUCUUCAAAGGCAUCAAAAAACAAGUGUCGGCUGCAGACUUGUUAAAAAAUAAAAUUAUUGACGAGAGCCUUUUUGAAAACCUAAACACUGGGAAGGUCACAGUGGAUGAUGUAAGCAAAAUUGCCUCAGUAAAAAGGUAUCUGCAGGGAACCGACUGCAUUGCAGGAGUAUUUGUACAGUCCACCAAACAGACCAUGAGCAUCUAUGAAGCCAAAUCCAGGGGCCUUCUGACCCCAGGAACCUCUCUGGUAUUAUUAGAGGCUCAGGCUGCUAUUGGAUUUAUAGCAGAUCCGAUAAAUAACAAAAAACUCUCAGUAGAAGAGGCAGUGCAACAGGGGGUGGUGGGGACUGAAUGGAAGAACAAACUGCUUUCUGCAGAGAAGGCCGUUACUGGAUACACCGACCCUCACACAGGAAACAUCAUCUCACUGUUCCAAGCCUUGAAAAAGGAUCUCAUCGUCAAAGAUCAUGGCAUUCGUCUUCUGGAAGCACAGAUUGCUACUGGGGGCAUCAUUGAUCCAGUGAACAGCCACCGUGUUCCUGUGGAGGUGGCCUACCAGAAAGGAUACUUUGAUGAAGAUUUGAACCAGAUCCUCCAAGACUCAGGUGAUGACACCAAGGGCUUCUUUGACCCCAACACCCAGGAAAACCUCACCUACUUGCAACUACUCGAUAGAUGUGUGAAAGACCCAAACACUGGUCUGUGCCUGCUUGUGCUUGUGAAAAAGGGAGAGUUUUACUUCUUCAUAGAUGAAAAAACAAAGACAAUCCUCAAGUCCACUACCACUAACAAAGCAGGAGGCAAAUUUCAAGGACAAGUGGUAUCGCUCUGGGAUCUCUUACACUCUGAAUACAUUACAGAGGAGAAGAAAAGGGAUCUGGUUCAGCAGUUCAAGUCUGGCACCAUCACAGUUGAAUGCUUACUGGAGCAAGUCCUAACAAUUAUUCAGCAGAAAACUGUCAGUGGGUCCAGUGUGAGCACCACCACCAAAACAACAACAACAACAACCAAAACUUCUUUCUUCAAAGGCAUCAAAAAACAAGUGACGGCUGCGGAUUUGUUAAAAAAUAAAAUUAUUGACGAGAGCCUUUUUGAAAACCUAAACACUGGGAAGGUCACAGUGGAUGAUGUAAGCAAAAUGGCCUCAGUAAAAAGGUAUCUGCAGGGAACCGACUGCAUUGCAGGAGUAUUUGUACAGUCCACCAAACAGACCAUGAGCAUCUAUGAAGCCAAAUCCAGGGGCCUUCUGACUCCUGGAACAUCUCUGAUUUUAAUAGAGGCUCAGGCUGCUAUUGGAUUUAUAGCAGAUCCAGUAAAUAACAAAAAACUCUCAGUAGAAGAGGCAGUGCAACAGGGAGUGGUGGGGACCGAAUGGAAGAACAAACUGCUUUCUGCAGAGAAGGCCGUUACUGGAUACACCGACCCUUACACAGGAAACAUCAUCUCACUGUUCCAAGCCUUGAAAAAGGAUCUCAUCGUCAAAGAUCAUGGCAUUCGUCUUCUGGAAGCACAGAUUGCUACUGGGGGCAUCAUUGAUCCAGUGAACAGCCACCGUGUUCCUGUGGAGGUGGCCUACCAGAAAGGAUACUUUGAUGAAGAGAUGAACCAGAUCCUUCAAGACUCAGGUGAUGACACCAAGGGCUUCUUUGACCCCAACACCCAGGAAAACCUCACCUACUUGCAGCUACUCGACAGAUGUGUGAAAGACCCAAACACUGGUCUGUGCCUGCUUGUGCUUGUGAAAAAGGGAGAGUUUUACUUCUUCAUUGAUGAAAAAACAAAGACAAUCCUCAAGUCCACUACCACUAACAAAGCAGGAGGCAAAUUUCAAGGACAAGUGGUAUCGCUCUGGGAUCUCUUACACUCUGAAUACAUUACAGAGGAGAAGAAAAGGGAUCUGGUUCAGCAGUUCAAGUCUGGCACCAUCACAGUUGAAUGCUUACUGGAGCAAGUCCUAACAAUUAUUCAGCAGAAAACUGUCAGUGGGUCCAGUGUGAGCACCACUACCAAAACAACAACAACAACAACAACCAAAACUUCUUUCUUCAAAGGCAUCAAAAAACAAGUGUCGGCUGCAGACUUGUUAAAAAAUAAAAUUAUUGACGAGAGCCUUUUUGAAAACCUAAACACUGGGAAGGUCACAGUGGAUGAUGUAAGCAAAAUGGCCUCAGUAAAAAGGUAUCUGCAGGGAACCGACUGCAUUGCAGGAGUAUUUGUACAGUCCACCAAACAGACCAUGAGCAUCUAUGAAGCCAAAUCCAGGGGCCUCCUGACCCCAGGAACCUCUCUGGUAUUAUUAGAGGCUCAGGCUGCUAUUGGAUUUAUAGCAGAUCCGAUAAAUAAUAAAAAACUCUCAGUAGAAGAGGCAGUGCAACAGGGAGUGGUGGGGACCGAAUGGAAGAACAAACUGCUUUCUGCAGAGAAGGCCGUUACUGGAUACACCGACCCUUACACAGGAAACAUCAUCUCACUGUUCCAAGCCUUGAAAAAGGAUCUCAUCGUCAAAGAUCAUGGCAUUCGUCUUCUGGAAGCACAGAUUGCUACUGGGGGCAUCAUUGAUCCAGUGAACAGCCACCGUGUUCCUGUGGAGGUGGCCUACCAGAAAGGAUACUUUGAUGAAGAGAUGAACCAGAUCCUUCAAGACUCAGGUGAUGACACCAAGGGCUUCUUUGACCCCAACACCCAGGAAAACCUCACCUACUUGCAGCUACUCGACAGAUGUGUGAAAGACCCAAACACUGGUCUGUGCCUGCUUGUGCUUGUGAAAAAGGGAGAGUUUUACUUCUUCAUUGAUGAAAAAACAAAGACAAUCCUCAAGUCCACUACCACUAACAAAGCAGGAGGCAAAUUUCAAGGACAAGUGGUAUCGCUCUGGGAUCUCUUACACUCUGAAUACAUUACAGAGGAGAAGAAAAGGGAUCUGGUUCAGCAGUUCAAGUCUGGCACCAUCACAGUUGAAUGCUUACUGGAGCAAGUCCUAACAAUUAUUCAGCAGAAAACUGUCAGUGGGUCCAGUGUGAGCACCACCACCAAAACAACAACAACAACAACCAAAACUUCUUUCUUCAAAGGCAUCAAAAAACAAGUGUCGGCUGCAGACUUGUUAAAAAAUAAAAUUAUUGACGAGAGCCUUUUUGAAAACCUAAACACUGGGAAGGUCACAGUGGAUGAUGUAAGCAAAAUGGCCUCAGUAAAAAGGUAUCUGCAAGGAACCGACUGCAUUGCAGGAGUAUUUGUACAGUCCACCAAACAGACCAUGAGCAUCUAUGAAGCCAAAUCCAGGGGCCUUCUGACCCCAGGAACCUCUCUGAUUUUAAUAGAGGCUCAGGCUGCUAUUGGAUUUAUAGCAGAUCCAGUAAAUAACAAAAAACUCUCAGUAGAAGAGGCAGUGCAACAGGGAGUGGUGGGGACCGAAUGGAAGAACAAACUGCUUUCUGCAGAGAAGGCCGUUACUGGAUACACCGACCCUUACACAGGAAACAUCAUCUCGCUGUUCCAAGCCUUGAAAAAGGAUCUCAUCGUCAAAGAUCAUGGCAUUCGUCUUCUGGAAGCACAGAUUGCUACUGGGGGCAUCAUUGAUCCAGUGAACAGCCACCGUGUUCCUGUGGAGGUGGCCUACCAGAAAGGAUACUUUGAUGAAGAGAUGAACCAGAUCCUCCAAGACUCAGGUGAUGACACCAAAGGCUUCUUUGACCCCAACACCCAGGAAAACCUCACCUACUUGCAGCUACUCGACAGAUGUGUGAAAGACCCAAACACUGGUCUGUGCCUGCUUGUGCUUGUGAAAAAGGGAGAGUUUUACUUCUUCAUAGAUGAAAAAACAAAGACAAUCCUCAAGUCCACUACCACUAACAAAGCAGGAGGCAAAUUUCAAGGACAAGUGGUAUCGCUCUGGGAUCUCUUACACUCUGAAUACAUUACAGAGGAGAAGAAAAGGGAUCUGGUUCAGCAGUUCAAGUCUGGCACCAUCACAGUUGAACGCUUACUGGAGCAAGUCCUAACAAUUAUUCAGCAGAAAACUGUCAGUGGGUCCAGUGUGAGCACCACCACCAAAACAACAACAACAACAACCAAAACUUCUUUCUUCCAAGGCAUCAAAAAACAAGUGUCGGCUGCAGACUUGUUAAAAAAUAAAAUUAUUGACGAGAGCCUUUUUGAAAACCUAAACACUGGGAAGGUCACAGUGGAUGAUGUAAGCAAAAUGGCCUCAGUAAAAAGGUAUCUGCAGGGAACCGACUGCAUUGCAGGAGUAUUUGUACAGUCCACCAAACAGACCAUGAGCAUCUAUGAAGCCAAAUCCAGGGGCCUUCUGACUCCUGGAACAUCUCUGAUUUUAAUAGAGGCUCAGGCUGCUAUUGGAUUUAUAGCAGAUCCAGUAAAUAACAAAAAACUCUCAGUAGAAGAGGCAGUGCAAAAGGGAGUGGUGGGGACCGAAUGGAAGAACAAACUGCUUUCUGCAGAGAAGGCCGUUACUGGAUACACCGACCCUCACACAGGAAACAUCAUCUCGCUGUUCCAAGCCUUGAAAAAGGAUCUCAUCGUCAAAGAUCAUGGCAUUCGUCUUCUGGAAGCACAGAUUGCUACUGGGGGCAUCAUUGAUCCAGUGAACAGCCACCGUGUUCCUGUGGAGGUGGCCUACCAGAAAGGAUACUUUGAUGAAGAGAUGAACCAGAUCCUCCAAGACUCAGGUGAUGACACCAAGGGCUUCUUUGACCCCAACACCCAGGAAAACCUCACCUACUUGCAGCUACUCGACAGAUGUGUGAAAGACCCAAACACUGGACUUAGUUUACUUCUUUUAAAGAAAUAGCAAAACACUUUGUUUUUGUAUAACUCAACAAUAAAAAAAAAAAUUAAAUGAUGACUAAACCACUAUGCUAAUAAAACAUGUAUGGAUUACAAAAA